AGAAAAAUAAUUUAUUUUCUUCCAAAUGAGGCGAGAAAAUUUUUGUCAACUCACACAAACUAAUUGACAGCAGAAUUCUGAGCAAAUUACCAAUCCAACAAUGCAAAUUCUUACCUUCCUCCAUGAUUUUCCACAGUUCAUUUCAAUUUGAUUCAAUUCUUCAAUCCCACUUCCCACUUAGCUUUUCAACCUCACAGAAAUUCAUUACUUCGAGAAUUUGAAGUUUGGAAUCCGAGAAAGCUACAAGCAACCAAUAUUGAGGAAGAAGAUCUCGGAAAGUUCUUGCCCGUCUGGAAAUUUCUUUUCUACAGCUUCUUCUCCGAUUCUGGUACUGUUCUUACCGCUUUUUGGAGGGAAUUAGGGUUAGGGUUUCUGGAAAAAAAAAAAAAAAAAAGGUGUUGCUCUGCUGGUGUGGUGGCCAUGGGUGAUGAGAAAUCGGUUAUUGCCAUGGCGAGCAGAGACAGAGAGCGAGAUCGAGAGCUUCUUAUUUCGGUUCCGGAGUCCGCCAUUGAUGAUGCAUCCUCAAAACCUUCGUCAUCUCUUCAUUCUGGCAGAGAGACAUUUUACAAGGUUGUUAGAAGCUGGGCUUCAAAGAAAUUCAUGACUGGAUGUGUUAUCCUAUUCCCUAUCGCAAUUACAUUCUAUAUAACGUGGUGGUUUAUUCGCUUUGUGGAUGGAUUUUUCUCUCCAAUCUAUGCACAUCUUGGAAUUGAUAUCUUUGGUCUUGGAUUUGUAACUUCCAUUACAUUCAUCUUCCUGGUUGGUGUGUUUAUGUCAUCUUGGUUGGGAGCAUCUGUCCUGGGCCUUGGGGAGUGGUUUAUCAAGAGGAUGCCGUUUGUUCGUCAUAUCUACAACGCUUCUAAGCAAAUUAGUUCUGCAAUAUCAUCAGACCAAAACUCACAAGCGUUCAAGGAAGUAGCUAUCAUAAGACAUCCUCGUAUUGGCGAAUAUGCAUUUGGUUUCAUCACUUCAUCCGUAGUACUCCAGAGCUAUUCCGGGGAGGAGGAGCUAUGCUGUGUCUACGUCCCCACGAACCAUCUCUAUAUCGGUGACGUUUUCCUGAUUCAUACCAAGGAUGUUAUUAGACCAAAUUUAUCAGUGCGAGAAGGAAUUGAAAUCGUCGUCUCAGGAGGAAUGUCGAUGCCCCAAAUACUUUCAACAAUGAGUUCCGAGAUUAUGACCAUAGAAAGAAGUUGACUUGAGAAAAGUUAAGAAUGGGGAUAUUAGUAGGUUCAUAGUAGGCAGCAUUUGCAUAUCUUCUUCUUCACCUCCGGAUUUGAACCGACCACGCUGCAACACCGUCGUCUGGCUAAGUGCAAGGCCGAGACUGUUGCGUCCCAGUGAGUAAUUUUGUAACAGUGUGAUUUGUGAACCGAGCUUUCGAGUUUCUAUCCUUUUGAAAGUUCAAAUAUUGUUCAGUAUAUUAUGUAGUCUUGAGAGAGGACUUCUGAAGGGUUGGAUUUCUGUGAAUUGGUUACUCUUCUAUACUAAAUUCAGUUCAUUUAUAUUCAUUCAUGAAA